GGACAAGAAGAAAGCUGGUGGCUCCGAUCCUUUGGAAGAGUACUGCAAUGACAAUCCUGAGACUGAUGAGUGCCGUACUUAUGAUAAUUAAUAAUGUUUAGGUAUGGUCAGAUCUCGAUGUUUUUGUUGAUGUUGUUGUUGUUGUUGUUGUCCCUUGUUGUGUUUUGGUUUGGUUUGGUUUGAUGAUUGUAAUGUGAUAAUGAAAUAUCAGAAUAUGGAUAGUACAAUUACAAUACAUAUACCAGGAGUAUAUUUCUCUUACGUU